AUGACACACAUCGUAACCACACCGUUUUCUCCUCCGCUGUACAUACAGAGAUACCAGUUUGUUAUUGAUUACGUGAGAACUUACCGACCUAGAAAGGUCAUCGACUUAGGAUGCGCUGAAUGUGGCCUGCUGAAGAAGCUCAAGUUUCAUCGCAACGGUAUACAGUUACUAGUGGGAGUUGAUAUCAACAGAGCUGUCCUCCUCAAAAGAAUGCGUACAUUGGCACCACUUAUGAGUGAUUACCUUCAGCCAAGCGACGGGCCUUUGACUGUUGAGCUGUACGAAGGCUCAGUCACAGAGAGGGAACCGUGCACCAGAGGAUUUGAUCUUGUGACAUGUGUUGAGUUAAUCGAACACCUGGAGCUUGGGGAUGUGAAGAGCUUUUCAGAGGUUGUGUUUGGGUACAUGGCACCAGGUGCUGUGAUUGUCAGUACACCUAACUCAGAGUUCAACCCAUUGCUGCCGGGUCUGAGAGGCUUUAGAAACCGUGAUCACAAGUUUGAGUGGAGCAGAGCGGAGUUUCAGGCUUGGGCUCACAAAGUUUGUGGAGAAUAUGGUUACUCAGUGCAGUUCACUGGAGUUGGAGAAGCCCUUGGCCACUGGAGAGAUGUGGGAUUCUGCACUCAGAUUGGUGUGUUCCAGAGAAAUUUUGAUGGGCUAAAUUGGUCCAUGACCAACACUGAACGUUCUGAACCCUCCGUGUACAGACUGUUGUACAAAGUGGUGUAUCCGAGCCUGUACGAUAACAACAUCUACCAGAAGACUUUGGUUAAUGAGGUCCUGUAUGAGGCAGAACACCUGAGACAAGAAUGGCUCAAGAGUGAGAACAUGGAUUCUAACAGCAAUUCACAUCUCUACUAUCAUCCAUCAGUGGAAACAGUACAGUAUGGGGCUGAAGGGGGUGCAGUUGAGUGGCAACCUGUCUACCAGCAGGGCGGUGCCAUUUGUGUGCCCUUGCCAUGUAUAUGGUCCAGCCCCAGAGUGAGAGCGCUGUGUGGCACAGUGCAGCAACUCAGGAAGGAACUUCUGGAGGACUCGCAGGUAAGGCUGAGUGCUGAUGGAACGGUGCUAAUCCUGCCUGCCAAUGAUGAGGAGGAAGAAAAAGAAGAGGAGGAGGAGGAAGUGAAAACAGUAUCGCGAGUAACAGACAAUGUAGAGGAGGACUGGGACAGGGAGCUUGAGAGUUAUGGAAAUGUAUAACAAAGCUUUGUAACCAGAAUCAAAAGUAGGAAGUUGUACUUAUUGUUUACAGUUUACUAGAUGUUUGUUAGAAAAGAAUGGACCAUAUUUUAUGGCCAGAUCUGUGAUAGAUUGAGAUGUUCUUGGGGGAAAAUAACCCUUAAACAUUCUCAUGUCCCAUAGGACAUAAAGUAAUAAAAGAUGCAUCAAGUUUUGAAAA